AAGCUGUAUUUGCCGACAGUUUUUGCGCUUGUUUCUAUUAGAAAACGCAUGUAAAAUUUGUAAGGUAAAUUUAAAUCGACCAGAAACGUUAAAAUAUUUGUCGCGAUGGCUUUGGUUUGUGCACUAACAAACGAGGUACCCGAGUGGCCAGUCGUCUCCCCGUGCUCUGGCGCCGUUUUUGAAAGACGCGUCAUUGAGAAGUAUAUCAUGGAAAACGGCUGCGAUCCGAUCAGUGGCAAGGAGCUGAAGCAAGAGGAGCUCAUCGAAGUGAAGACACCUGCCGUAGUCAAGCCAAAGCCGCCUAGCGCAACCAGCAUACCGGCAACGCUAAAGACCAUGCAGGAUGAGUGGGAUGCACUGAUGAUACAUUCGUUUACACAGCGCCAACAGUUGCAGACCACACGCCAGGAGCUGUCAAACGCACUGUAUCAACACGAUGCCGCCUGUCGCGUCAUUGCACGCUUGAAGAAGGAGUUGACGGCGGCGCGCGAGGCGCUGGCCACUCUGAAGCCUCAGGCGGGCAAUGUGAAUGUGCCGUCAAUGAUUUCAGAGCCUACGCUGGCUGCAGAGGCUGGCGUUGGUGGAGCUCACCAAAUGGAGCAGGCCGGCAUGAGUACCGAAGUCAUACAGAAGCUGCAGGACAAGGCCACAGUGUUGACGCAGGAGCGUAAGAAGCGUGGACGCACUGUGCCCGAUGAGCUAGUCACGGCUGAUCAAGUGAAGAGCUUCCUUACGGUCGCAUCACAUCCCGGCCUGCACUCGGCAUCGGUUCCUGGUAUUCUGGCCCUGGACAUUAAUAGUGCCGAUCACAGCAAGAUUUUGACGGGUGGCAAUGAUAAGAAUGCAACUGUAUUUAACAAGGAUACGGAGCAGGUGGUGGCUAUACUGAAGGGACACACUAAGAAGAUCACCAAGGUCAUCUAUCAUCCCAACGAGGACACUGUUAUCACCGGCUCACCAGACAUGAGCAUACGCAUCUGGCAUGUGCCCACAACGCAGACGCAGCUGUUGUUACGCUGCCAUGAGGGACCCGUCACCGGACUCUCGCUGCAUCCUACUGGCGACUACCUGCUGUCUACGUCAUCGGACAAACACUGGGCCUUCUCGGACAUACGCACUGGACGCCUACUGACCAAGGUCAUUGACACAGCCGAGGUGGGUCUGACAACGGCUCAGUUCCAUCCGGAUGGUUUGAUUUUUGGCACCGGUACCGUUGAUUCACAAGUCAAGAUUUGGGAUCUGAAGGAGCAGAGCAAUGUGGCCAAUUUCCCCGGACACACUGGUCCCAUUUCGGCCAUAUCGUUCUCGGAGAACGGUUACUAUCUGGCCACGGCAGCGGACGAUGCUUGCGUCAAAUUGUGGGAUUUGCGCAAACUUAAGAAUUUCAAGACCAUACAACUUGACGACGGCUACGAGGUCAAGGACCUGUGCUUCGAUCAAAGCGGCACCUAUCUGGCCAUUGCCGGCACCGAUGUCAGGGUUUACUUGUGCAAACAGUGGCAGGACCUGAAGGUAUUCAACGAUCACACAGCACUCGCCACAGGCGUGCGAUUUGGUAAGCAUGCUCAAUAUAUCGCCUCCACCAGCAUGGAUCGCACCCUGAAGUUGUAUGCCGUCGAGUAAAAGCUGCAUAUUUUAAUUUAAGCCAUCGGAGAUCCAUAGUUAGCAAUAAGUUCAACAUUUUAUAUAAAUAUACUACAUACAUUUAGCUGUUCUUGUACCCGUAAAUCAAUUGCUGCGUAAAUAAACCAGACUCUUCUUUAUUUCCGA